AAGAUCAGCUGAUCGCCAUAUUGUAAUAUCAAAAUGCCAACUAAAAGAUGUUCGUGGGGGACUUGUAACAGCGACAGCCGAUACUCACACAAGGAUUGGAUGAAGGAUGUUUCUUUUCUUCCCUUCCCUAAGCCAGCGAUUGACUUGGAGAGGUGUCGUCUGUGGAUUAAACAGUGUGGUCGUCCCCACAGCGACUUGUCAGUUGACAAGAUCAGACCUCAUCACUUUGUUUGUUCGAAGCACUUCAUUGAUGGAAGUAAAGAUCCGGUAGCAGCUAAAUAUCCAUCUGCAUCUACACCCAAAGCCAGGUCAGACAGGAAGAGGCCAGCUGAGUCCUUACCAGUAACACCAAAGAUGAAACAGAAGCAUGCUGACCAACCUUUAGAUCUACCAGGUGUGCAGACUGAGAACAUUAGAGAUACAGUGAUUACUCUCCUCAUGUUUCAUGACAUUCUAGACUCAAAUCCUUCUUGUAAUUCUGAAAAUUAUCUAUGUUGUGAAGAAAAUGUUAAUGUCAAUGAUCAGAACAACAAUGUUACAUCUGAUAACACAUCAAUUUGUGCAAGUAAAGAUAAGUUUUUUGUAGACAAUGUGACAGAAAAUGACAAAGACUGUUUCUAUUAUACUGGUGUUCCAACUUUAGUUCUAUUACAUUUCUUAUUUUCAUGGCUUAAACCUUCAGCUCAGAAAAUCAAACUGUGGGAUGGAAAGAGAAAACAUUUGCCAGGAAGAAAAGGUGGUAGACAGAAUAGGAAACUGUCUCUUUUUCAUGAAAUGAUUUUGACUCUUGUUAAGAUUAGAAGAGGCUAUGGCAACAAACAUCUCUCUCAUCUAUUUCAUGUAUCUGAAAGUCAUGUGUGUCGCAUUUUUCUAGCUUGGGUAAAUCUGUUGAGUCAGUGCCUCAGUCCACUCAUUGUCUGGCAUUCUAAAGAAAUAAACAAGGCAAACUUACCAAAGAGCUUUUCAAAUUAUCCUAGAACCCGGGCAAUUAUUGAUUGCACUGAAUAUUAUGUUCAAAAACCCCUACGUCCUGCAGCUCAGAAAGCAACAUGGUCUUCAUACAAACACUCUAACACCUUAAAACAGUUAAUAGCCAUUACUCCAAGUGGAGCUAUUUCAUUUUUAUCUGAUGUUUACAGUGGCUCAAUUUCUGAUGCAGCUAUUGUAAGAGAAUCCAAAUUUGUAGACUUAGUGGAAGAAACUGAUGAUAUAAUGGCUGACAGAGGGUUUAAUAUUCGGCAUCUUCUUCUGCCAAAGAAGGCUACUUUAAAUAUACCUUUUUUACACAUGGGAAGGUGUUAAGUUCUAAGGCUUUGAAAAGAUCUAGAGGUAUAGCCAAAGUCAGAAUUCAUGUGGAGAGGGCAAUAUGUAGAAUGAAGACCUUUAAAAUUCUGUCCGGCAUCAUACCACUUAAAUUCAGAUUUAUUUUAUUUCAAAUCACCAAAAUUGUUGCAGUUUUGUGUAACCUUCAGCCUUGCCUUGCACAAUGACUCCAAUACUCUGGG